UCCGAAUGGCACAGCGCACGCGCGCAAACCAUAAACCCUAAGCCUUGCCUUUCAGCUCGGAUCCGUCUGCGAACCCGAAAUGGCUUCACGAAGGCUCUUAUGGUCUCUUCUCCGAUCAUCCCUCAGUCGAUCUCCGCCAGAAUUCCAACUUGCGACCACUUUCCGGCCAUUCUCUUUCCCGGACCUUAGCUCUCGUCUUUCUCCGAUUCCCAUUAGGAAAUUCCCUCAGACUGAGGCAUUCUCAAGAUUUGAGUCCAGUAAUGGUUUAGCCUCAGUGCUAGGAAGUUCAAGACUGGCUUUGUUUCAGCAGGCUGCUUCGCUUGUACCUCCUUUGCACAGCAGGUUUAUGUCAACGGAGACAAGUUCUGUUGGUUCUUCCUCUGAGGAUAGUUCCGCUCCGGAGCCUGAUGUGCCUCCUCGCAUCAAAUUUAAAAGAUUAGAUAAAACUGCCAGGCACAUUAUGCAGAUUUUAGACAAGGAAGCAGUAGAGGAGGUGAGAACGCAGAGAGAGAUACCUGAUAUAAAGCCAGGUUAUAUUGUGCAACUCAAAGUGGAAGUGCCUGAGAACAAGAGGCGUGCUUCUAUUAUAAAAGGUAUCGUUAUUGCAAGGCGUAAUGCUGGCCUCAAUUCUACUUUCAGAAUUAGAAGGCAGGUGGCUGGGGUUGGUAUCGAGUCUCUAUUCCCACUGUAUUCACCUAACAUAAAGGAGAUAAAGGUGCUUGACAAGAAGAAAGUGAGAAGGGCCAAACUCUACUACCUGCGGGAUAAAAUGAACGCACUUAAAAAAAGUUCAUAGCGAUCUUCAUCCUGGAGGAAUUUUUUUAUGAUUCAUAAUUUUGUUAUACUUAUUAUCUGCUUGUGUAUUCAUUUACUUGCUGCUGUUUUGUUGUCAACUAGAUUUUUGCUUCAAUGUGGCUUAUUACCACCUAACAUAUUGCAGUUUUAUUUCGUUCCUUAGAGCCUGUCGUAUUUUGGAAAGGCAAUAUAUAAGAAAUCGUAAUAAGACACAUUCAUGUUAAAAUUUUCUCCAAAGGCAUGGUAUGAUUUUUUCCUCUGUUGUAUUGAAUCAGUAAAAAAAUGGGCUGGCAUUUUAGCUGCCUUUUUGC